AUGCCUCAGAAAACGAUAUCUGCUCCAGUCGUCUUCAAGCAGCAGGAGAAGAAGCCGGCUCCGAAGAAGGAGAACGAAGACAGCGACGAGUCCUCAUCUUCUUCUGACGACGACGAUAGCGACGAUUCCAAUUCUGAAAAGGGUGUGGACGAAAACGAAAUUAUCAAGAGCGAAUUCCUGGACAAACUCAUUAUUCGACUGAUGAAGGCGCCCCAGAAGGCGGAAUCGAGGAAGAAGAACAGGAGAAAGUUGGCACCACUGAUCGAAGUGCACCUGGAGCUGGAUGAGCUGAAGGAGCUGUGUAAUAUGGCCAUCAAAUCGUUCGAAAAACAAAGCAGCUUGCUCACCAUCAAAGAGUAAGCUUACCAAAAUAUUUUUUUCUUGUCGAAAAACUGGGAAAUCGUAUAAAACUGUACCUAGUGCUGCGCCCGGUUAAAAAAUGUUUUUUUCUUGAUUUUGUAAAAGUAAAACAACUUUUGGAUAGAUAAUAUUGCAAAAUUCAGAGAGACACUACCGUUGAUCAUUUGUGCAGAUAUUCAUGGACAAUUUGCUGAUCUGCGUAAUAUUUUCUUACGUUGCGGACCUCCACACAGACAAUCGUAUCUCUUCCUCGGUAAGUUAAUAUUUUUGGUGUUUUAAAAGUUUUAGAUUCAAAACGUAGAAAGAAAAAGAACAAUUAUCUUUUUACUAUAACUUGGUUUGAAUUUUUUAAAAUUUUUUGUCAAACUUAAAACUGACUGAAGAUUAUAAUAUCUGCAAUGUAAUUUUUUAGGUGAUUAUGUUGAUCGCGGAGUUCAAGGAAUCGAAGUUAUUUCCUUACUACUAGCCUUGAAGAUCAAAUACCCAACAAAAGUAUAUUUGCUACGAGGGAACCAUGAAGAUGCGAACACUUGUGCUUCGUACGGUUUCUACGACGAAUGCAUCAACAGAUUCAUGAGCAAGGACAACAAAAUUGGAGAAGAUGCAAGUUUUUUGGUGUUUUUUAUAGAUAAAACAGUAUUAUGUGGAAACGGAAAUGUUGGCAGAUUCUAAUUUGAAUAUUGCGACACUGGAGUAAGUGUUUUGUCAUAAAAUAACGCUGAUAUUGUUUUAGCUGUGGAAAAGGUUUGUGAAUGUGUUCAACUGGAUCCCUUUGGCCGCUAUUGUCAACAAGAAGAUACUUUGCAUGCAUGGGGGUAUUUCACCUGGAAUUACGAGUCUCCAAGCUAUAGCUGACGUAAGUUGCCUGCUUUUCUUUACCUUUUUUUAUUUUAGAUACCUCGUCCUCGAAUCAUUCCUCCCUACGGUCUUAUGUGUGAUUUGGUAUGGGCCGAUCCAGAAGAGAAGCUACAAGGCUGGGCUAUGAACUCCAGAGGCAUUUCACUGAGCUUUUCGGAUAAAGUUGUCGAACAGUUCUGUACCAAUCUUAAUAUCGACUUGAUUGUGCGAGGACACCAGCUCACAAAAGAGAUGAUCAGAAAUGGGUAUCGCUUCUUCUUCAAAGGACGACUUCUGUCCAUCUUCUCUGCUCCAAACUACCUGAAUAUGAGGAACUCAGCUUGCGUUUUGAAGGUUUCUAAAUCGGUAAGUUUUUGUUGUUGCAAUACAAUUUGUUUUUAAUGUUUUAUCAAUAUCUUAGUAUUAUUUUACUCGUAGACUGUCCGUUAUGUUGUGUUCUACUAAUAUUAUUCGUUUUCAGAUGAAAUGUCGCUUUAUUGUGUUCAAAAUGCAGACAAAGAAACAACGAAAGAACAGCGAAUAA